AUGCGUGCAAACGAAGACAAGAUCGCGCAACUUCUUGACAAGACAACGGAUUUUGACAAGGAUGAGCGUUAUAUGGCGACGUCUGAUCUAUGUGUGGAGCUUAACAAGGAUGUCGAUCUGGGAUCAUAUCUCGAGCCCAAAGUCUGUGUGGCGGUUUUGAAACAGCUGGAUGAUAAAUCAAACGACGUGCAAUCUAUCGCCGUUAAAUGUCUGGGCAUUCUUGUCACUAAAGUACAGGUAGCUCAAGUAGCGGACAUCUGCUCUAAGCUGUGUGACCUCAUUUUAAAUGGCAAAUCGGAGCUUCGAGAUAUCUACUCCAUUGGCCUAAAGACUAUCGUGGCAGAUGUGUCUCAGUCCACGGGAGCGUCUAUCGCUAAUAGUAUUUGUGUAAGGUUACUGACGUCUUUUGGAAAAGACAAGGACGUCGCUGUUAAGGCUGAAACGCUUGACAUUCUCAAUGAUAUUUUACGCCGUUUUGGAUAUGAUGUCUCUACUGAGCACGCAACUAUCAUGGAGCUGCUGAUGAUGCAGCUCAACGACGAGUCACCGCUGGUACGCAAGCGUGCCACUGCUUGUUUAGGAUCGCUAGGUGUCAUGGCGUCUGAUGUUCUUGUAAGUCGACUGGUCGAGCAUCUUAUCCAGGGCAUUCAAAGAUCGACCGACUUUACGAAUGUUCGCACGUUGAUUCAGACUAUCGGUAUGCUCUCACGAACGGCAGGUCAUCGUCUUGGACAACACUUGGAUGCGGUGAUUCGAAUUCUGAUGCAUUAUUGCGGUCAGUUCGGAGACGAAUCGAUGCAAAACGAAGAUUCGGAUGAGCUACGCGCAAUCUGCUUCCAGGCUUUUGAAUCGUUUGUCAUUCGAUGCCACAAUGAGAUCAUGCCGCAUGUGGAGCCUAUUUUGGAGCUCGUGAUGCAAUUUAUUUUCUAUGACCCCAAUUAUAACUAUGUCGACUCUGCUGACGAAGAUGAAGAUAUGAAUGAAGAUGAGGAAGAGUAUAGUGAUGAGGAUGGUGGCUACAGUGAUGAUGAUGACGACACCAGCUGGAAAGUUCGUCGUGCUGCUCUUCGCGUUCUCGCGGCGAUUAUUACUACGAGGCCAGAGCUAUUAGAGCAGCUGUAUCUUCGUUGUGCCCAGCCUUUGAUCUCACGCUUUAAGGAGAGAGAAGACAACGUCCGUGUUGACGUGUUUGGGGUAUUUUCAGAACUUCUGCGUACAACUCGCAGGAUCCUUUCGAGCUCGAAUGGAACAAGUUCCUUCCAACAACAGACGUCAAACCCGUGCAUUACUCAGUUAGAGAUGCGUUUAAAUGCUCUCGUGAAUGCGGCCAACAAACAGUUUGGAAUGAAAGCGUCUGUGUCGUCACGCUGUGCAGUAGUAACUAUGCUGAGUGAGCUUGCGAUGGUGGAACAUGGAAAGCUCGGAGAUUUCAUAGGUCGCUUAAUACCGAACAUUCUCAAUGCAGUGGAGGACAAACACUCAGAUUUGAAAUUAGAUGCGCUGCUUUGUCUUCGUCUGCUUGUCGAUACACAUACGAUGAAGCCAUUCCAAUCGCAUAUUGACUCAAUCGUCAGGAUUGCUGUACAAUGUGCUAACGGGGACUGGUACAAGACGGUAGCAAAGGCACUUAGUCUAAUUGAAUCGCUUGUUCGUAUCAUCCGUUCUACUGAUGAUAGAGACCUGACGUACAAGGCGUACGCAAUUCCAUUGUUUGAAGCGGUGCUGCCUAGAUUAAAGAUCUAUGAUGUUGACCAAGAAAUAAAGGAGGCUGCAAUUAGCAGCAUUGGAACAAUUGUUGCUGUGUUGGGUGACGAACUUGGUUCACGUGUCGAAGAAGUUUAUCCUUUACUCCUGGAGCGCCUUCACAAUGAGGUCACACGAGUUCAUAGUAUCAAGGCCAUUGGAGUCAUUGCCCGCUCUAAGCUUAGUUUGGACAUGUCGCCAGUUCUCGUGGAAUGCACUCAAACUCUGGCUCACCUGCUUCGCCAACAGUCUCGUCCAUUGAAGCAAGCAACGUUGAGUACCCUUACUGAUCUCGUUGUUAGCAAAGGUGAAUCCAUGUCUGUGACUUUGCUUUGCGAAGUUGUGCAGGAAGCCUCGCAUCUGCUUACUGACACGGACUUGCAGCUAUGCCGCAUGAGUAUCACUCUAGUGUCGAACUCCAUUCAAGUAUGCCCAAGUGUUACCUUAACGAAGAAUUUUUUGGAAAACGCCCAGCCGGAAGCUUUAAAAUUAUGCCACAGUUCCAUGCUUCAAAGCCCUACUUUAGAUGUAUUAAAAGACUUUUUCGCGCAGCUGACGCAGCUUAACUCUCGCGGUAGCAGCUUUACAGAUCUGUUUGAAGCAUUAAUGAGAACGCCAACGGAAGAAUCGAAGCACUCUGUUCUGAAUAUCGCUCGAUGCGUUGCAGGUGUAUGCGCAGUUACGAGCGAAGAAAACCGCGCGAUGGCUUUAGCAAAAUUUAUCGGUGACAUAACACAAAUCGAGUCCGAAAGGAAGCGAAUAUUGGCUCUUCACUGCUUAGGCGAAUUUGGCCGCAAAAGUAAGCUUGCCGGUUACAGUGACUUUAAAGAGCUCAUUUUUAAGAGUUUAAAUGAUUCAAGUGAAGAAGUAAAAGCUGCUGCUGCGUACUCGCUUGGUAGCAUUUGCGUGGGAAACAUGGAAGAGUAUCUGGACAGUAUUAUGGUCAAAUUGGAAUGUGGAGAAAAUUCUUACCUGCUGCUCACAUCGCUGCGCGAAGUCAUAUCGGACCAUGUCGCUGACCCUCACCAUGGUAUCGCAACAUAUGUGAACCGUGUUCUUCCUGUUCUUCAGGAUUUGAGCGCUCGCCAGGAAGAAGGCGUGCGGAACAUGGUCAGCGAAUGCAUGGGAAAACUUGCUGUGACGAAUGGCUCAAAGAUCAUGCCAAUCGUGGCCGAGCUUUGUCAAUCUUCAGACAUACGGUCACGUUGGACUGCCGUGACGAGUCUUAAAUAUGCCAUGACAACCACGGCUCAGGAUCUAGACGCGAUCUUUGCUUACAUCGACCCCUUCUUAACUGCGCUUGAAGACGAAGAUAUACACGUGCGUCGUGCUGCUCUUUUGACACUCAAUACAGCUAUUCACCACCACCCACACUAUCUCGUACCUUACGUCCGCGAUCGUAUAUUCCCUGUUCUUUUAAAGACGACGGAAAUAAAGUUGGAGCGUGUCGUUGACCUUGGUCCUUUCAAACACAAGGUGGAUGAUGGCUUACCUCUUCGCAAGGCCGCAUAUUCGUGUGUGGAAACUCUGAUCCAGGUGCUACCGCAACAGCUCGACAUAAGCCUCUUUAUUGAUCAAUUAAAGCGUGGUUUGGGCGAUUUAGACGAUAUCCAGAUGCUCAGCCAUCAAAUCUUAAUUAAAAUUUGCAACGUUCAGCCCGGUAGCAUCGUCGGUGCAUUGGACUCAUUGGUAGAGCCAUUGGAAAAGACAAUUAACAAAAAAGUUAAAGAAGAUCAGGUUGGGCCUGAGAUUGAGCGCGCUAAAGACCUCAUCCGUAGCGCGCUGCGUGCACUUGAUGCCAUGAGUGUUGUCAAUGACGCCAACUCCCACCCAAGGCUGAACACUGUCAUUGAAAGUGCGAAAAAGAAUAAACUCUUGUGCCCUCUUCUGGAUUCUAUCCGCAGUGAGCGUUCAACCAAUUAA